CUCUUCUUGUUCACGUAGCAUUCUCUCUCCUCUCUUCUCUCUGCCGUUUCUUUCCUUUUUUUCUUGCGUUUGCUCUGCGCCUCUGCGGACUGCGGAGCAUUUGCAUAAGAAAAUCCUCCAACUCCAUGAACCCAGCAGCCAGCAACGCCUCCUAACACCGCACCUCUCUUUGAGGGUUUUGGAUUCGUUAUCCCUCUCUGUAUGUUUGUAGCAUUCUGUCUUCUCAGCUUUCUUCUCUGCGUUCUUUGAGCAAGAAAGAAGCUCGAGUAGAGGGGGUUUCUGCUUGGCGACUGGGACUUAGGGUUUCGCUUCUCUUCUUUGCGUGCUUCUUUCUACUAACUGAUUGAUAUGUCUACCCAAAGUCGUCGCCCGUCGAUUUCUUUGCCUUCUUCCUCCUCAACGAAGAGGCCUGCAUCUUCGUCCGAGAACCCCAGCAAGGUUCCAGCUAUUCUGGCGCAGCAGGCGAAGAAACGGCCAGCUCUCAGCAACCUAACGAACCAGACCCAUUUAUCUCGGAACCCUGUUCGAAACUCUGGAACAGUUGGGAAUCAGGUGCCAUCAGAAUCUAAAACUGUGAAGUUGAAAAAAGGAUCUACUUAUGUACGUCCUACAAGCUUGCCUCGGAGCUCUGUGUCUGCAUCCACCGCUGUUAAGUCAGCUACUGCUGUUUCUAGCAAGGAUGCUUCUGUCACAAAAAUUGAUAUACCUACUUCUAGUGUUUUGGCUACCAUUGCCCCUUGCAAUGCACACAUAUCUCCCAGUCGGUCAGAUGGAGAUUCAGCAUCCUUGGAUGAGACCAUGUCUACUUGUGAUUCUCUGAAAAGUCCUGACAUCGAAUAUAUAGACAAUGCUGAUGCUUCUGCAGUUGCAUCUAUAGAGAGGAGAACAUGUAACAAUCUCUACAUCUCGGAGAAUGUGGAAUCUGCUCCAGAAAAUCUGUGCAAGAGAGAUAUACUUAUGGAGAUGGACACAAAUGAUAAAAUAAUCGAUAUUGACGACAAUUAUAAGGAUCCCCAGCUGUGUGCAACAAUUGCCUGUGACAUUUACAAGCACUUGCGUGCAUCUGAGACAAAGAAAAGACCUUCCACAAACUUCAUGGAGGAAAUUCAGAAGGACAUAAAUGCCAGCAUGCGCGCAAUAUUGAUCGAUUGGCUUGUUGAGGUUGCUGAAGAAUACAGGCUUGUACCGGAUACAUUAUAUUUGACUGUUAAUUACAUUGACCGGUAUCUUUCAGGCAAUGUGAUGAAUAGGCAACGAUUGCAGUUGCUUGGUGUUGCUUGCAUGAUGAUAGCAGCCAAGUACGAGGAGAUUUGUGCACCUCAGGUGGAAGAGUUUUGCUACAUUACUGAUAACACAUACUUCAAGGACGAGGUAUUGCAAAUGGAAGCUGCUGUUUUGAACUACUUGAAGUUUGAAAUGACAGCUCCCACGGCCAAAUGCUUUCUGAGGCGAUUUGUCCGUGUUGCUCAAGGAAGCAGCGAGCUUCCACUGUUGCAUCUCGAGUGCAUGGCCAAUUACCUUGCAGAGUUGUCACUCCUGGAGUACAGUGUGCUUUGUUAUGCUCCAUCAAUGAUAGCUGCUUCUGCAAUUUUCUUGGCAAAAUUUAUUUUGUCUCCUCUGAAGAGACCUUGGAAUGCUACCUUGGGGCAUUACACACAGUAUAAACCUUCUGAGCUCUGCGAGUGUGUCAAGAUGCUCCAUAGGCUAUUUUGUAACAGCUUUAACACCAGUCUACCUGCUAUUAGGGAGAAGUACAGUCAGCACAAGUAUAAAUUUGUGGCGAAAAAGUACUGCCCUCCUUCAAUACCUGUGGAGUACUUCCAUGACAUCAGCAGCAAUUAGCUGCAUCGUGGUGAGGCCAGAUCCAAUGCUUUGUUGGAGGGGGUCGUCCUUGGUUGAGGGGCUGCUGAUCAGCUGUUUCAGAAAGCUAAUUUGAGCUCUAUCACAGAUGUCGUCCUUGGUUGAGGGGCCAGAUCCAAUGCUUUUGUAAUGCAUGCACCUUUCGGAGUUUUGACUUGGUAUCAUAAUUGGCUCUAUCACAGUGGAGCACGAAACCCAUCUAGAUCUAUAAUCUUAUAGGGUCUUGUCUUGUUUGGUUUUUCUAGGAUUUGUAGUUUAUUCAGAUUUAGGAUUUCUGUACAGAACCAAUCCUUAAAGGAAUCAAAAAAUUUCUUGUAGUUUGUCCAUGUGUACUAGUUACUAGUUAGCAAUUCAAUAAUAACCCCUUUUCAUUUGUUGUUUUUUUUUUCU